AUGCCUGUUGAGCCUACUGCAAAAUCUCAUGUUGUCCGCGCUUGGGACCGUGAUCCCACUGAGGCACAUGCUAAAGCUGCUACCCACGUGAAGCCUGGCCCAAAGCUUAACAGAACCCAUUGCUCGUCCGCUAUUCUGGGGCAGGAAGGGCACAAAAAUCUCACAAAUUAUGACUGGCUGCAGGUUAUCCAGUAUGCCAAGAAAAAUCCAGGGACAAAGCAGAAAGAUGUCAUAGAAUUCUUUGCCUCGAGGUCUAAUGCUGAGGGAGGGAAGCUAUUCUUCACCCAGGGCACGCUUUCAAAACACCUCAAUCCGGAGGAGAAGGCUGCCCUUCUAAAACUUGCUACUGAAAACUCUGCCGCACUUUCGCUCAAGCGUGAGCGCAUUGUCACUUCACCCAAAGUUGAUUGGGGCCUUGGUCUCUGGGCACUUGAUAUGGAACAAAAGAAUUGCACUGUGACAGGUGCCAUGUUGAUCAAGCAAUGGAAGAGGCUCGAGAUUGCUCUGAAUGUUCCUGAAGAGUGUUGCCUGAGAGGAACAGGAUGGCUCGAGUCGUUCAAGAAAGCAUGUGUUCAUCUUUUCAUUUUCUCUAACAGUGCUGAUUUCAAUUGCAGUCAUGGUCUGUCUGAGAGACGCAGACACGGCGAGGCCAGCUCUGUUGAUCUGGCAGCUGUUGAAGUUGAACGCAAGCGCUUGGUUUGA